ACCUACCUACUUCAUAGGAGAAGACUGAACAGCAGAAGAGCUUCCAACAGGUCUGACCCAUAAUUAGUGAUCAAGAAAAGUUUAUUAUUACUGUUACUAAGCAGUCCGUUUCAGCCGUGGAAGUUUGUGAUUUCCUCCUCACUGUGGCUCUGUGCGAUCUUUUUUCUCUCUCUUUUUUUUUUUAGAUGGAGUCUCGCUCUGUCGCCCAGGCUGGAGUGCAGUGACGCAGUCUUGGCUCACUGCAACCUCCACCUCCCAAGUUCAAGCGGUUCUCGUGCCUCAGCGUCCCAAGUAGCUGGGAUCACAGAUAUGCGCCACCACGCCCAGCUAAUUUUUGUAUUUUUAGUAGAGACUGGUGGGGGUGGGGGGUGGUCACCAUGUUGGCCAGGCUAGUCUCCAACUCCUGACUUCAGGUGAUCUGCCCGGCCUCCCAAAGUGCUGGGAUUACAGGCGUGAGCCACUCUGUGCGAUCUUGCAUAAAUGCCUUACCCUCCGCAGACCGGGCCUCGAUCUCCGGGUCUGCGGUGGGGCUGACUGCAGUAGGGACACGCAGCCUCCCAGGUCUGAGAUUUUCAUCCUGCAGCAGGGUUUGCACUCUCCGUGUCCGAGUCCCUGGGGGCGGGCUGCGGCGGCGGCCUUUCGGUGAUUGGUGCGCUCCCCGAGGCCCCGCCCCCCGGGGCCGCCCCCCGCCGUCGCAGGCGGGCCUCGGGGAUUAUGCAAAGGAGCCACCGCCCCGCCCCGCGCCCGGAUUGGAGGCCUUUGUUUGCCGCUCAACUCCAGGAAACCACCCGCGCUCGGCGGCCGCCAGCAGGGCACAGGCAGGAUGGCCGAUGCUGACAGGAACCAGCGGUGACUCUGGGGCCCCUGGCAGCAGCUCUGUCUCCUGAAGAUGAAGUGGCCCAGGUGAAGCCCAGGCCAGCCCCAAUGGCCAGCUCGGAGACUGAGAUCCCCUGGGCUGAGUCUGGCCUGGGGAAGGGCCCCCGGCGGCGGCGCUGGGCCUGGGCCGAGGACAAGAGGGAUGUGGAUAGAAGUAGUUCACAAAGCUGGGAAGAAGAGAGACUCUUUCCCAAUGCCACCAGCCCCGAGCUCCUGGAGGACUUCCGCCUGGCCCAGCAGCACCUGCCGCCCCUGGAUUGGGACCCACACCCGCAGCCCGAUGGGCAUCAGGAUUCUGAGUCAGGAGGAGAGACUUCUGGAGAAGAGGCUGAAGCAGAGGAUGUGGACAGCCCAGCAAGUUCCCACGAGCCUCUUGCCUGGCUCCCCCAGCAGGGCCGUCAGCUGGACAUGACUGAAGAGGAGCCAGAUGGGACCCUCGGAAGUCUGGAGGUUGAGGAGGCUGGAGAGAGCUCCCCAAGGUUGGGGUAUAAGGCUGGUCUCAGCUUGGAGGGCCAUGGAAACACCAGCCCCGUGGCUCUUGGGCAUGGUCAGGCCAGGGGCUGGGUGGCUUCUGGCGAACAAGCCAGUGGGGACAAGCUUUCCAAGGUCAACCCAUCCGUUGAACUCAGCCCGACAAGGUCCUGGAGCAGUGGGACGGUGAGCCUCGACCACCCUAGUGACAGCCUUGAUUCUACCUGGGAAGGAGAGACUGAUGGCCCCCAGCCCACUGCCCUGGCAGAAACCUUGCCAGAGGGCCCCAGCCACCACCUCCUAAGCCCAGAUGACAGAACUGGAGGCAGCGUUGCUCAGGCAACCGCCAUGGAAUUCCAGGACUCCUCAGCUCCCCCAGCCCAGAGUCUGCAGCGUGCCACAGAUAGAUGGAGGAGAGAAACGACCAGAUUCUCAUGCGCUCAGCCCGAGGAACACAUCUGGAAGCAGACAAAGACGUCACCUAAGCCACUCCCUUCCCGAUUCAUUGGCUCCAUCAGCCCCCUGAAUCCCCAGCCCAGGCCAACCCGGCAGGGCAGGCUGUUGCCCAGACAGGGAGCCACUCUGGCUGGCCGCUCGUCUUCUAAUGCCCCCAAGUAUGGCCGGGGGCAGUUGAACUACCCACUCCCCGAUUUCUCCAAGGUAGAGCCCCGGGUGAGAUUCCCCAAAGAUGAGAGCUACCGUCCCCCCAAGUCCAGAAGCCACAACAGGAAGCUUCAGGCCCCUGCCAGGCCCCUCAUCUUCAAGUCACCGGCUGAGAUUGUGCAGGAGGUGCUGUUGAGCAGUGGAGAAGCAGCCCUGGCAAAGGACACGCCUCCUGCCCACCCCAUCACCAGGGUACCCCAAGAAUUUCAGACACCUGAGCAAGCCACUGAGCUGGUCCAUCAGCUCCAGGAAGACUACCACAGGCUCCUCACCAAGUACGCUGAGGCUGAGAACACCAUCGACCAGCUACGCCUCGGGGCCAAGGUUAACCUGUUCUCUGACCCACCCCAGCCCAGCCACAGCAUCCACACAGGAAUGGUGCCCCAGGGGACCAAGGUCUUGUCCUUCACCAUCCCACAGCCCUGCUCUGCAAAGUGGUGGCCGGGCCCGGCCGAGGACCCCCAGGCCUCUGUGGCCUCAGGGUGGCCAUCAGCUCGAGGAGACUUGAGCCCCUCCUCGCUCACCAGCGUGCCCACUCUGGGGUGGCUUCCGGAGAACCGGGGUAUCUCCGAGGACCAGUCCUUAGCAGAGCAGACCCAGGCACUGGCUUCUCAGGCCAGCCAGUUCCUGGCCAAGGUGGAGUCCUUUGAAAGACUGAUACAGGCAGGACGUCUCAUGCCCCAGGACCAACUCAAGGGCUUCCAGCGGCUGAAGGCUGCCCAUGCGGCCCUAGAGGAGGAGUACCUGAAGGCCUGCCGGGAGCAACACCCUGCCCUGCCGCUUGCCGGCUCCAAGGGGAUGCCUGGAAGAUUUGAUCCUGGCAGGGAGCUGGAGGCAGAGAUAUACCGUCUGGGAAGUUGCCUGGAAGAGCUGAAGGAACACAUAGACCAGACCCAGCAACAGCCUGAGCCGCCCGGGUCAGACUCAGCUCUGGACAGCACCCCAGCCCUGCCCUGCCUCCAUCAGCCAAUGCACCUGCCUGCUCCUUCUGGACAAGCCCCCAUGCCAGCCAUCAAGACCUCCUGCCCUGAGCCUGCUACCACCACUGCUGCCGCCAGCACUGGCCCCUGCCCAUUGCAUGUAAAUGUGGAGGUGAGCUCUGGCAACAGUGAGGUGGAGGACAGGCCACAGGAGCCCCUGGCCCGACUCAGGCACAAGGAGCUGCAGAUGGAGCAAGUUUACCAUGGCCUCAUGGAGCGGUACCUCAGUGUGAAGUCUCUCCCAGAAGCUAUGAGAAUGGAGGAGGAGGAAGAAGGAGAGGAGGAGGAAGAGGAGGAGGAGGGGGGAGGUGACUCCCUGGAAGUUGAUGGGGUGGCUGCAGCUCCAGGGAAAGCAGAGACCACCAGGGUCCUCCCAAGGCAGCACCCGGUGCAGGCUGAGAAAAGUCAUGGGGCUCCCUUGGAGGAGGCCACGGAGAAGAUGGUAUCUGUGAAGCCACCAGGUUUCCAGGCAUCCCUGGCUAGAGACGGGCACAUGUCAGGCCUGGGCAAGGCUGAGGCAGCCCCUCCAGGCCCUGGCAUGCCACCCCACCCUCCAGGCACCAAGUCUGCAGCAUCCCACCAAAGUAGUAUGACCAGCCUGGAGGGAAGCGGCAUCUCUGAGCGCCUUCCACAGAAGCCUUUGCACCAAGGCGGUGGGCCCCACCUGGAGGAGACCUGGAUGGCGUUCCCGGAGACAGACAGUGGCUUUGUGGGCUCAGAAACAAGCAGAGUUUCACCCCUCACCCAGACUCCAGAGCACCGGCUCUCCCACAUCAGCACAGCAGUAACAUUAGCCCAGCCCUUUGCUGCAUCUGUGCCCAGGGAUGGAGCUUCCUACCCCAAGGCCAGGGGUUCUCUGAUCCCCAGAAGAGCCACAGAGCCCAGCACACCCCGGAGCCGAGCACAGAGGCACCUCUCCAGCCCAAGUGGGCCUCUCCAGCAGAGGGCACCCAACUUCAGCCUGGAGCGGACGUUGGCAGCCGAGAUGGCGGUUCCUGGCUCAGAGUUUGAGGGGCACAAACGGAUUUCUGAACAGCUCCUUCCCAGCAAGACAAUCAGCCCACCCCCAGCCCCCGCCCCUGCCGCUGCCCCUUUACCCCGUGGACCAACAGAGACCAUCCCCAACUUCCUGCUCACCAGGGCAGGGCGAGACCAGGCCAUCUGUGAGCUGCAAGAAGAGGUGUCCCGGCUCCGUCUGCGGCUGGAGGACAGCCUGCACCGGCCACCCCAGGGCAGCCCGACACGCCCAGCCUCUGCCUUUGACCGCCCCACCCGGACCCGCGGCAGGCCAGCAGACUCCCCAGCCACCUGGGGUUCCCAUUAUGGCAGUAAAUCCACAGAGAGAUUGCCUGGUGAGCCUAGAGGUGAAGAGCAGAUUGUCCCUCCAGGAAGGCAGCGAGCCAGGUCUUCCUCAGUGCCUCGGGAGGUGCCCCGACUGUCCCUGAGUUCAGAAUCUGAGCUGCCCUCCCCGCCACUGUUCUCUGAGAAGAGCAAGACCACCAAGGACAGUCCACAAGCAGCUCAGGAUGGAAAGAGAGGGGUGGGCAGUGCUGGAUGGCCAGACAGGGUCACCUUCCGAGGCCAAUACACAGGCCGCGAAUACCAUGUUCUGUCCCCUAAGGCGGUCCCAAAAGGCAAUGACACAGUCUCCUGUCCCCACUGCCGGCCCAUUAGGACCCAGGAUGCGGGUGGUGCUGUCACAGGGGACCCACUGGGACCGCCUCCCGCUGAUACCCUUCAGUGUCCCCUGUGUGGUCGAGUUGGGUCUCCCCCAGAGGCAGAUGGUCCAGGCUCAGCCACCUCUGGGGCAGAGAAGGCCACCACGAGGAGAAAAGCACCUUCAACUCCCAGCCCCAAGCAGAGGAGCAAGCAGGCGGGGUCGUCGACACGCCCGCCUCACGGACUAUGGUAUCUGGCGACAGCGCCCCCAGCACCAGCCCCUCCGGCCUUUGCCUACGUCUCCUCGGUUCCCAUCAUGCCUUAUCCACCUGCCGCUGUGUACUAUGCGCCCGCAGGACCUACCUCAGCCCAACCAGCCACCGAGUGGCCACCCACAGCCUCUCCCCCACCAGCCCGGAGACACCGGCACUCCAUCCAGCCAGACCGGGGCGACCUAGAGGAGCUCAACAAGGCCCUGAGCCGGGCCGUGCAGGCUGCCGAGAGCGUCCGCUCCACCACCAGGCAGAUGAGAAGCUCGCUGUCGGCUGACCUGCGCCAGGCUCACAGCCUGCGGGGCUCCUGCCUCUUCUGACUUCACUGGGGGCCCAGAGACAGAUGGGUGGGUGGGUGGGUGGGCAGGUGGCCUGCCAGGCCAGGAGUGGGCUGGAGCUGCUGAGGCCCAGAAGGCCCUCAUAGUUCCUCACCAGGAGGGUCUCCCUGCAGCACAGGCCCCGCCUGCUCAGUCCCUGUGCUUUCCAAGUGGAGGGGCUGUCAGCUCGGUUACCAAGAGAAGUGACUUCCCAGGAGCACCAGUCCCCUCACAGAGGUGCUGUGAGCGAGGCCUCCUUCGGUCCAGGCAGAACCUCGAGCAGUCUUUCCUGGUCCUGCAUGUGCCCAACUCCAGCUAAUAAUAGGUAUUUUAUAUACAGAUGGACAGAUAUUUUUUUAAACUGGGGAGGUUUCCUGAUCUUGGGUCCUCCUUAGGGGGCCAGACAAGAAAAGAAAGGCAUACGGUUUCUGGAGCAAACCCGUCCCCCACCUGUGACCAGUCACUCUGGGGCAAGCAUCUCUGGGAAGGGCACAGCCAGAGACCUUUCUCCUAGUGACUGGCAGUCAGUGGGGCAUUUUAGGAUGUCAGGGCCCCAGGGGGACAUGUGUCCAGCUUCUCUAUGGCAGCAGAGGCCUUUCCCUCAGACCUGCUGGGAUGGAGAUAAGCUACAAAGUGCCCAGGAUGCCAUCCACCACGGUCCCCUUCAUUACCUCAUGCAUGGUCCCCAGCUUCUCCUAGGAUCCCAGCGGCAUUUAUCAGUGGCCAGCUACCUGCCAGGCCCGGGCUAGGGCACGGUCUGUGGCCAUGAGGCCAGGCCGCCUCCCACACCCCUACCCCGUGGCAGUGCAUACCUCUGCAUUUCUGGAAUGUGUGUGUAUCAAUGCUGUUUGUAUAUUUGAGGCAUUUAAAAAUCUAUUUUCGUUACGAGGGCAAAUGAAGAAUGAAUGUUCAUCUUAAAAAAAGAAAAGAAGACAAAAAAAAUACGCGAAGCCA